UGACCUCAUACCAGCUGGCUAGGAGUGAGGGUCGAGGAAAAGGGAAUAGGCGAUGUACUGUGAUUGAGUCUGGCCUGAAAAAAAACAUUUAAAAUGAGGAGCAGAAGCAAUUCCGGUGUGAGGCUCGACUACUACCAUAGGAUCGUCUACCGCACUAUCCUGAGGCACCAGGAUGCAGUUACGGGCCUGCUUCCUGCAAGUAAUCUCAACGACCAUGCUUGGGUGCGAGACAACCUUUACUCCAUCAUGGCAGUGUGGGGACUCUCCAUGGCUUAUAAGAAGAAUGCAGACUUGGAUGAAGACAGAGCCAAGACGUAUGAGCUGGAGCAGAGUUGUGUGAAGUUGAUGCGCGGGCUCCUGAACUGCAUGAUGCAGCAGUUGGACAAGGUGGAGAAAUUCAAACACACACAGGCGCCCAUUGACUCCCUGCAUGCAAAGUAUUCCUCCAAGACGGGUCAGAUUGUGGUCAAGGACAACGAGUGGGGUCACUUGCAGAUUGAUGCCACGUCACUCUUCCUCCUGGUCCUGGCGCAGAUGACGGCAUCAGGUUUACAGAUUGUGUUCAACCUGGAUGAAGUUAGCUUUAUCCAAAACCUGGUCUUCUACAUAGAGUCUGCAUAUUGCAUUCCUGAUUAUGGAAUCUGGGAGAGAGGAGACAAGACCAAUCAUGGCCUGCCAGAACUCAAUGCUUCGAGCAUUGGUCUUGCAAAGGCAGCUUUAGAGGCUAUGAAUGAAUUGGAUCUAUUUGGCGCGAGAGGUGGCCCAGCUAGUGUCAUCCACGUGCUUGCUGAUGAGGCCCAGAAGUGCCAGGCUGUCUUGCAGUCUAUGCUGCCACGUGAGAGUAACAGCAAGGAGGUUGACAGCAGCCUCCUGGCAGUCAUCAGCUUCCCUUCCUUUGCUGUGGAUGACCCAAUGCUCAUCAAGCUAACGAGGGACACCAUUCAGGAUAAGCUGCAGGGACGUUAUGGGUGUAAGAGGUUCCUCAGGGAUGGCUACAAGACAGCCAAGGAGGAUCCCAGCAGACUGUAUUAUGAACCUUGGGAGCUGAAAAGGUUUGAGAAGAUAGAAUGUGAGUGGCCUCUCUUCUACUGCUAUCUCAUUCUAGACUAUUGCUUCCAAAAUGACAAAGAGGCUGUUAAGGAGUAUGCAGAACAGCUGGAGGAGCUGUUAGUGACAACUGAUGACGGCCUAAGACUUGUACCCGAGAUCUACACAGUUCCAGCAGAGAAUGUGGAGCAGGAGUACAAGGAACCAGGCUCUCAGGACCGCGUGGCUGUUGGCAAGCUGCCCUUCAUGUGGGCUCAGAGUCUCUUCAUUAUGGGGCGACUCUUGCAAGAUAAUUUCUUGGCCUGCGGUGAGCUCGAUCCCCUCAACCGUCGUCUGGGCUCGGAGAAGAAGCCAGAUGUGGUGGUACAAGUGGUGGUUCUGGCAGAAGACUCGAGCAUCCAGGCCAAACUGCAGGCGCUGGACAUCCCUGUGCAGACAAUUGCUGAAGUGGCACCCAUUGAAGUGCAACCAGCAAGAGUUUUGUCAAAGCUCUAUGCUCAUCUAGGUCGUAACCAGAAGCUAGGUCUGUCUGGUCGUCAAAGCCGUGACGUUGGUAUUCUUUCGACAAGCAAAUUGUAUUCUCUUCAAGAUAGAAUAUUUGCAUUUACUCCUCAGAGUGUGGACACAGAGGAGUGGUACGCCAUGCAUGAUAUAAACCUGCUGUGCUAUUACCUGAAGUCACAUGUUGCCUUCCUGAAAGAGACUUGGUUCAGCUCCAUGCUUGGCAGACCUACCAUUACCUACCUUGUCCAGUCUUUCAUGCUAGGUAAGCUGCUCCUUCUGCUUAUACAUGAGCUUGAGAGUUUAGUGUUAAAUGUUGAUGCUGCUUCUUGCCUUGAUAUGUCAACUGAGUGGAAGAGACUAAAUUCUUCUCGACGAUUGCCACAUUGCAGUAGUACCAAUGUGACCACUACAUUAACUGAUGCUCCAUUGACUCUGAUGGCAAGAGAUCCCAAACAGCAUUCGGAUCCAGUGGCGCUUGGCAAGAUGCAGGAGUUCCUCAACACGUCUUGCAUCACAAGCCUCAAUUUUCUCCAUGAUAAUGAGAAUGGCUACCCUGACAGUCUGAAACCAGAAGUAAAAGAUUACUUGGAGAAGCAGAUGCGAGGUUCCCUGUCGUGGAGGAGGGCUGAUCUCGUCCGCAUGUCUUCAAGGUUUGGUGAGAAGAAGUCGAUCAGAGACCCUACUGCCCGGCGCAAGUUCUCCGUCAAAGGAACCAUCCGUAAAUCUCGCACUCUGCUCGUUGAUGAUGAGAAAGCAAAUGUUCCUUCCCGAAGAAGAUCCGGACUAGAUCAUAUUUUCUACUACGGUGAAGCGUAUGGGCCUACAUUGGGACUGACACUAGAAGUACCAUCGCAAGGUUCGUCCCGACGAGAGUCAACAGUGGCCUCCCCCACAGGCGAGCAGGGACCUCCUAUCCUGGAGGUAUCCUGCCCUGCUACACCAACACGGUUCACACCUCCUCUCUCAUCUCGCUCGCGAUCGCCAUCACCCGAAAAGGAGGAGCUCUGGGAGACCAUGGUCAGGCACAGGUAUACUUCAUGUACUCUAACAUUAGUGAAGGUCUGUUUCUUGAGGAUAGUGGCAUAUGACAUUCAGUGCAGCAACCUUUGA